UCUCGUUUUCUUCUUAGAUGCUCCACUCCAAUGUGACAGUGAUUUGAACAAAUAAGUUCCGGAAAAUGGAAAACCAAAACCAAAAAUCAACCCCGACCCAACCAAAUCAACGACUCGGCUCACCGAGUCGAGAACUGCACUCAACCUCUUCUAAUGAACAAUCCCAGAAACGGAACAGCCCUGAAUCACCGCGGCACGAAAGCCACGUUUCUGCUCAAUCCCCCGAACUGUCGAGAAACGGCAGCUUUCCUCCGCCGUUGUUUCCACAAGAAAUAAUUUUUGAAAUCCUCUCGAAUUUACCCGUUAAGUCCCUCCUCCGUUUCAGGUGCGUUUCCAAAUCCUGGAAAUCCCUCAUAGCUGACAAUUUCUUCAUCAAAAAGCACCUCAAAAGAACCCAAAACGACCCCGAAUUCUCCAAAAAACGAGUCUUAAUCAACAUUGCAGACAUCGCCCCCCGCACCCAACUCGGAUCCACCAUCAAAUCAUGCUCCCUUACCCUUAAAUCUAUAUUCGAAGACCCAAAUGUUAAUACCACGGAAAUCGAAUACCCAUCGAAUAAUGAGUCUCAUAGUGAUUGGAUUGUGGGCUCAUGUAAUGGUUUGGUUUGCAUAACUAUUAGAGAAAAUACAGUCCUUUUAUUAAACCCGACUUUAAGGGUUUCCAAAAGGUUGCCUGAUAUAGGUUUUAAGAAAAGGAGGGGUUAUACUGUUUAUGGGUUUGGUUUUGAUGCUUCCGUUGAUGAAUAUAAGGUUGUUGGGGUUUUUUGUUAUCCCAGUAUAGUUAAGGUUUAUUCAUUGAGAGCUAAUUGUUGGAGAAGGAUUCAGGAUUUCCCGUUCGAGGUCUUUUCUAAUGAAGCUGGGAAACAUGUGGACGGGACUUUGAAUUGGGCUGUUUUUAGUGGACAAGAUGGGGAUUUUUCUAUUGUCUCCCUUGAUUUGGCUCAGGAGACAUAUAAGGAAGUGACCCAACCGUGCUAUGGCGACGGUGUGGAUGAAAGGACAUUAGGGGUCUUGGAUGGAUAUCUAUGUGUGCUUUGUAGUUAUAGGAAAUUGUAUGCUGAGGUUUGGGUUAUGAAAGAAUAUGGAAAGAGAGAGUCUUGGACUAAGCUGGUUAGUAUUCCAUACUUGCCGUAUCAAAGGUCUGAAAUGUUUUUGACACCUGUGUCUGUAUCAAAAAGUGGUGAAAUCUUAUUGCGUUAUGGGGUGAAUAUACUUCUGUACAAUCCCAAGAAGAAUAUGUUCAGGAUUCCCAUGUUUCCUUAUGAUGUUAUUUCUUAUAUUAGUCAAGCAGAAGUCUAUGAAGAGAGCCUCGUGUCGCCGACUGCAGUCAAUCAGCACAGAUGAGUGGUGUCAAUAGCUAGCAAAGAUAAAGGCUGCAGGUUGCAGUGUUUAUCAAAAAGUAUAACUCCCAACUUGGGCUACUGAUGGAGUUUUAGCAUGUUCAGCUACGAACUUUCCUCGCUGUUUUGGUCAGUUUCGGUCAUCGUUGUCGUCACUCUUAAACCUUCUAGUUGAUUAAGUUACAGUUAGUUCCACUUUCUGAUAAUUUUCACUCAAAUCAUGUCAUGUUUUUUAGCUUUGCAAUAUGUUUAUCAGCGUGUUAAUCCGUCAUUAAUUAUUUUCAACUUGUUCUGUUAAUGUAGUUUUAACUUUGAAUGCUGUUUUGCUGUAUACAUAUUAGCAGGCACUGAGUAGUUAUAUGUUUCAAAUUAGAUGUAAGAGUAUGUUUUCUUAUC